AUGGCGAGCCUCUUGCUUCGUCUGUUCCAUUCGGACUACUUUUCGCCUCAUCUCGCCCUCUCCUACCUCCGCACCUACUCGGACAACAUCGGCAUCACCUACUACCUCGUCAGCCAGCUCGAGUCCGCCUUUCCAUCACAUCAGGUCGAGUUCUACUGGCCUCAACUCUGCCACCUCCUCAUCACAAAGCCUUCCGAGUCGCGUGCCUUGGAGUGCUUCAUCCUUCGUAGAUGCAGUCAAUCCGUCCACGUCGCCCUCCUCACUUUGUGGUACUUCCAGGCCGCUCUCUCCGAUCUCUCUACCAACCCGCACACCGCCUCCUUCCAAAUCUGCCACCGCGUCUUCAAUCAGUGCCAACGCAUCUUGUUCGAGGAUCCCCUCUCCAACUCCAACUCGGUCUAUGCGCUCGGUGCCGCUGCUGCCACCGUCCAAAAUGACGCUGGUCCCUCAAAUUCGAACCUGCUCCAUUCCGGAUUGCAAGGCUUGCUCGUAGCUGCCUCCACCCUUGGACGCCAAAAGGUAUCCCCGCAAGGCCCGCUCGCCAACAUUGUCGGUAUCGGCUCGGUCAUGGCCAGUGUUCCAGCCAUGCCUCAGCUCGCUUCCAUCACAGGCAGCAUUGCGAUCGAACAAGCCAGACAACCACCAGACGCAAUGCAGGAUGCUCUCGCUGCCCGUGAUUCCGAUUCGGAUGCAGACAACGAAGACGACAACACAUACAUCAACAGCAACGAUCGAGAAGCAGCGGCAGAAGACGAUGAAGCCGUCGACAGCUCCGACAACGACUCGCUUGAUGAAAAGGUCACCGCACCGGCUGCUCCCCAGCCACAGCCCUCUCAGUACGGUCUCUCUUCGUUCGCAGGCUCGCUCGUCAAGCUGGCUGCCUCUUCCGUCUCCAUGUCGAGGGCCGAAACCGCUCCUCCACCCCCACCUCCGAAAGAUACCCCCACCUCGGCGCCUCCCGUCAAAACUCGCGCGCCUUCUGCGUCGAGCAAUACAGCUGAGGUCACUUCCGGUGGCUCGUUGCCUGCGGCAGAUGCUUCCAAGAAGGUCGACAACCCGUUCGCCACCUUUGCUGCUGGUUUCAACGCUGGCUUCAACGACUUCAAAGGCAAAGCUGCUGCCGCUGUUGGCGAAGUCUUUGGUCAAGGACAAGACGGCCACGGCCAACCUACCAACGCCUCCGCAGCCAUCAGAAAGAAGAAGGCGACCACCACCACCACAUCUCCUCCUCCCUGGUCUCCACGAAAGCACCGCCAGCUCGCCUCUUUCAACCAGCAAGCCGCCCCUUCGCGCUCCGUGCCCAACCUCGUCUCCACCAGAGCGAGCAUCUCUUCCGCAUUCGCCUCUUCAGCGACGCUCGACCAGUCGGCUGCCAAGACAGAGGCCAUUCUGACGCUGUACAAUGCCCAAGCCCGUCGAAGCUUGCUCCGCUCCAACUACUGCAAGGUUCAGACCCAGUUUCUGCUCUCGCUCCAGGACAUUUCGGCGCGCUUGCUGCUGCUUCCCAAGCCGGCGCGUCUUUCCGCACUUCGCGCAGAACUCACUGCGCUCAAUCACAAGCUCCCUGCCGACGUCUGCUUCCCUCUCUGGUGCACCGCCGACAAUACGGAUGCUUCGCAACGUGAACCAAGCAAAGCGCUACGACACCACCGGGUCAUUCGUAUCAAUCCGAGCGAAGCUGUGGUGCUCAACUCGGCAGACCGUGUUCCCUUCCUGCUGCAUGUCGAGGUGCUCAACAACGACCUGGACUUUGAUCCGGACCGCAGACAGAAUAGGGAGACUCUGCGUCGACUGGUGACUGAGGAGGAUGUGCGUAGACGCAAGGUUGCUGCAUCGUCUGGCAGGUCCUCUUUUGUUCAGUCUGCCCACGAGCAUUCCCGAACCAUUUCGGAGCAAGACGCUGACACGCCAACGCCGACACCUGACGUCAGUGCCGUCGACGGAGCGAACGCGCUGGACAGCGAGGACCUCGGCCAGGUCACUCGGACGAGCACGCCGAAACCUGCCUCGCAACCUUUGACGCCCUCCAUCGAGCAUCCAGACGGCGACAUUGCCGCUGCCGGUGGCUCGCAGCAGAGUCCGCUGAAGGACAGCGACGUCCCGCCAGAGACGGGCGAGGAGAUCGACCUCACCGAGCAGAUGUAUGGAUCGGAUCUGGCUGGAUUCGGAGGCGAACGCGAUGGCUCGUCCGACGACGAGCAAGAGGAGGAUUUGGCUUCGCGCAAUCGCAUGCACGACACGGCUGCCUGGACGUCGGCACCGUCCGGCUCUGGCUCUGCCGCAGUCGGCUCCGGCGCAGCAGGCAAAGAUGCCGAUGGCGACGCGGAUCAGCUCGCUGCCGGCCAUCGACCGAUGAAGGAAUUCUCGCUGGAUGAGUAUGCUCAACGUAUGCGAACCGCAGCGAUCAUGCUUUCGCAGCUCAACAAGUCGACCAAUGCAUCCAAGGCGCAAGCUAUUGUCAAUUACGGUCCCAACGUAAGCUCAAAUGCUCAAGGGGGUUGGUCUUCGUGGAUCGUGCCUACGAACUGGUACGGAUCUUCGACGUCGGCUGUACCUGCCAAUGGAGGCGGUGGAGGUGUGGGCGACAAGUCGGAGGUGGGGCAGGGAUCGGCGGGUGUGACGACGCAUGUGAGGACGAGCAUUGAUCCGACACGCGCGGUGGUCGGGUUGCCGAUGGGCGGGGGAGGGGGUGCCGGGCAGAGUUCGCGGUUGGUGCAUGCAGAGACGGAGGCGAUCCGAAAGAGGAUCAUGGAGGAGAUGAUGUCGUUGGAGGAGGAGCGCAUGCGGCGCAUGAAGGCGGGUGGGCGGAAUGUGACGGCUUCGCGUGCGCGGGCGAGAAAAGCGGGGCAGAUGGGCGAGGAUGAGGAGGAAGCGGUGUUGCGUGCGGUCAACAAGGACGAUCCGUCUGCCGCGAUGUUCAGCGAGUCGUGGGCGGCUAAGAAGCAGCGCAUUCGUGCUUCUUCGCCGUACGGGCAUCUUGCGAACUGGGACGUGUUUUCGGUGAUCGUAAAGACGGGUGCGGAUCUGAGGCAGGAGCAGUUGGCGGUGCAGCUGAUCAACGAGUUCGGACGGAUCUGGCAGGAGACGGGUAGUCGGUGUUGGGUGAGGUACUUUAGGAUCUUGGUGACGUCGGAGAAUAGUGGGUUGAUGGAGACGAUCACGGAUGCGGUGUCGGUGCAUUCGAUCAAGAAGGAGGCCUACUCGAGGAUGAGCGAGGAGGACAAGGCGGCGUCGGCAGGCUUUUCGCUGUACGAUCACUUUUUGGCGGCGUACGGCCCGUCGACGUCGGCGGCGUUUGGUAAGGCGAGAGAGAAGUUCAUGGAGUCGCUGGCGGGGUACAGCAUCAUUUCGUACCUGCUGCAGAUCAAGGAUCGACACAACGGAAACAUUCUAGUGGACAACGAGGGGCGGUUGAUCCAUAUCGAUUUCGGGUUCAUGCUAGGGAUCAGUCCCGGAGGCGUAGGGUUCGAAGCUGCGCCGUUCAAGAUGCCUCAGGAGUACAUUGAUAUUCUGGGAGGACUGGAGGGGGAGAAGUUCGAGGAGUUCAAGGUGUUGAUGAGGCAAGGGUUCAGGGAUGUGAGGAAGCACGCGGAGAGGAUCAUCAUGUUGGUGGAGCUGAUGGCGAAGGAUUCGCGGCUGCCGUGCUUUGCGCUGGGGGAUCUGACGGCGGGGAAUCUGCGGGAUCGGUUCCAGUUGGGGUUGAGUGCGGCGCAGUGCGACGAGUUUGUGGACAGAUUGAUCUUGUCCAGUGCGGGGAGUGCGUUCACGCGGUUGUAUGAUAUGUAUCAGAGGUUGACGGAGGGUGUGCUGUAG